AUGGGCAAAAAUCAGCACUCAAAGGACCGGAUGUUCAUCACGGCCACGGAGUGGGCCACGCUGUAUGGAGGCAAGAAGAAGGAGAGUCAGCUGAGCCGCGAGUUCAAGAACCUGCCUUUUGACUGCUGUGCGCUGACCUUUCAGCCCUUUUCCAACCCCGUCUGCACCAAGAACGGCGUCAUCUAUGACCUCGUCAACAUUGUCCCCUUUAUCCGUAAAUACGGCAUUGAUCCUGCCACGGGCGACAAGAUCCAGCUCAAGGACCUUAUCAAGCUCAAUUUUCACAAGAACAAGGAUGACAAGUAUCACUGUCCUGUGACUUUCAAGGUCUUCAACGAACAUACUCGCAUCACUGCCGUCAAAACCUCAGGCCACGUUUAUGCUUAUGAAGCCAUUGAUCAGUACAACGUCAAGGCCAAGCACUGGCAUGACCUGAUGACCGACGAACCCUUCAAGCGCAGCGACCUCAUCGACUUGCAGGAUCCACAGCACCCCGAGAAAAACAACUUUGCCGCCUUCUACCAUGUCAAGAACAAGGGCCAACUCAAGGAUGUCUCUCAAGCAGGGGCCUCGCAGCCCACCUCGCAGCUCACUGCUGCCGGCAACAAUGCCACCAGUGACGUCAUGAAAGAGCUUGACGCCACCGAGGCCUCGUGGAAAACCGGCCCCGCUAUUCAUUCAGACACCGACUUUACCAGAGGACUCGAGGAUGCACAAGACAAUGAUCAUGCAGCGCAUUACUCAACCGGUGAAGUAUCGGCCAGUUUCACCAGCACACACAUGAGUGUUCGAACCCGAAACCGAGCAGCUGCCCUUGAGGACGACGUGGUACGCUACGGUCGUAUCAAAGGCAAAGGCUACGUUCGCCUCAAAACCUCCUUUGGUGACAUUAACCUCGAGCUGUACUGCGAGCAAGUGCCCAAGACAUGUGAAAACUUCCUGCUGCUCUGUCGUCGUGGCUACUACAACAACACAAUCUUUCAUCGGCUCAUUCGCAACUUCAUGAUUCAGGGUGGCGACCCGACGGGCACAGGCAAGGGUGGCGAGUCAGCCUUUGCAGACGGCAAGCCCUUCAAGGAUGAAUUCGUUCAUCACCUCUCGCACAAGGGUCGUGGUGUUCUGAGCAUGGCCAACGCCGGGCCCAACACGAAUCGGUCACAGUUCUUCCUCACCUUCCGCUCCUGCCAACACCUUGAUAAGAAACACACCGUCUUUGGCCAAGUCGUGGGUGGCAUGGACACCCUCAACGACAUGGAACGCGUUCCCACAGACGACUCGGACCACCCACAAGAGGAAAUCAAAAUUCUCAAGACGGAGAUCUUUGAAGAUCCAUUUGCGGCUGCGGAGGAAGCAGCUGUGAAGGAGCGCGCCGAAGCUGCUGAGAAGAAGAAGGAAAUCAAGAAAGCGGCCGACGCAGCUAAUGCCGCUCCAAAGAAGCACCAUAGCGGCGUGGGACAGUACAUAUCUCCGGCUCAACUGGCGCAAGGCGGCAAGCGUGCUGGGGGCUCGGCAAGAGAUGUACCAUCAGGAGAUUCGUCGACAGGGGCAAGUGCACCCAUGAGUGCCAAGUUUCGCGACCUGGCAGCCAAGCGUGCCAAGCAAGGGGGUGGCUUUGGCAGCUUUGCAGGGUGGUAGAAGGUCGCCCAAUUGAAUGCUUGAAUC